ACAACAGAGAGAGAGAGAGAGAAAGAGAUUGGAUUCGAUUUGGAACCGGAUUUCUAGGGUUUGCUUGCUCCUCUCGUCUCCUUCCCCAAAUCGUGCUGCUAGAUUGUUGGAUUCCGAUUUGGAUAUGAUCCCCAACUCCUUCACCUUCCUUUAAUUUGAGCUCGGUUUCGCCGGAUCCAGCCCCCGAAAACACCAUCUCCAGAUUCGCCAUACUAUGGUGCGCCGCCCCUCGCCGUCGUCGUCGUCUAGCUCGCCGAUGCUCCACAAGAACCUCCGCGCGCUCGGCCCAGGCUUGAAUCCGUUUGCCCCCGCCGGCAUGGGCAACUACUCCCGCUAAUCCCCCUCCCCCCUUCUCCCGAUCCCCUCUCGUCGGGUUCUGAUUAGCUUCUGCCCCCAAUCCGAUUUCAUCUCCCUUUGCCCCUCCUUGUUUUGAUCGGACUCGGAUCGAUUGCCUGCUCUCGUCUCUCCGACUACGCGUGCUGCCUUAUAGGUUCGUUGGUUGCUUGGUUUGCUUGCUCUGGAUCUGAAGACCAUGGUGCAGUUUCGCAGCUCGCUCAGCAUGACCCGUGUGCGGACCCACGCCGACGCCGACGACCGCGGCUGGAACCAGCUCCACGUCGCCUCCCGCAAGGGAGACCUCAAGGAGGUGAGACGUCUCCUGACUGAAGGUAUGGAUGUCAACGCACCUGCAUGGGGACCAAAGUCACCUGGUGCUACUCCACUGCAUCUGGCAGCUCAGGGUGGACACGUGAAAGUCAUGGAUGAACUACUGGAGCGUGGUGCAAAUAUUGAUGCUCGAACCAAAGGAGCUUGCGGCUGGACGCCUCUCCAUAUUGCUGCCAAGGAAAGAAACAAGAGGGUGGUCAGGUUUCUGAUUGAGAACGGUGCAUUCUUGCCCCCUGACCUGAAUGACCACAGGUUCAACCCUCCCCUCCAUUACUGCUCUGGACUAGAAUGGGCGUACGAGAUGAAGCGCAUGCAAGAUGAAAGCGACUCAAGUGGCGAAGCAUCCUGCAGCUCGGAGAAUUAAGAGGGAUCACCCUGAUAGUCUGUAAUAAUAAUCUCUGGCUUAAGAGAGUUCUUAAUCCUGGAAAUGCGGUUCCAUUCAAUCCUUAAGCAUGGAACCUGAAAGUAUCUACAACUAGCUAGUAGUUCCAUGGUACUGCUGGGUAUUGUAUGUACAAGUAUCACAAGCUAAUGUUAUUUUGCUUUGGAGUCGUGAGGUCCUGGAGUCAUGCUCUGUAGUUUGCUUGGUACAUUGAUACCAUGCUUAAGGGCACAUUUAAGAAUAUAUGUUUGAUCAUACUUGAAAAGAUUGUACUAAUAAAUCAGAAGGUGCUGAACCUUCUUUUGUGAUGGACAAGUAUUGUUGUAUGCUUUCUUUGAAAGCCAUUUUGUUUUU